AAAGCAUGGCGAGGGAAGGAGAACUUAAAGCAUCGCAUUUCCUGUACAACAGAAAUGCUGAUCAAAGGGGAAAUCUCAACGAUCUGGACUGUGCUAGCUUCAUUUUCCCCAGCUGGAGGAAAUCUGGCCAACGCCACGGCGGAGCGACUGGAUGGUAUCGCGGAGAGUUUCUUGGCAACGCCACUGGGCUCAAAAGAUAACUCCCCUCUCCCUUUGUCCAAGGGAAGGGGGCAAGAUCAGACAGCGUUUGAGCCAUUGUCAGUGGCGAGAAUCUCGGAUAUUCCGACUAGUCUCAAGUAGUCGUAGUCGUCGUCGUCGUUGGCUUCAAUAUUUUCCGCUGGUUGGGAUAUGUCACGCUGCCAAGAUUCAACACCAACUCUCCGGGUGUAUCUGUCAUCGAUUCCUCUUUGACUCGUCCAUGGCGACAUUCCAUGCACAAAACGACGUGCACCGGCAGAUCUGCACCUUGAUCUCCUCCGUGAAAAUACCGUAUGCCUCGGCUAGUUCACCCAAGGAGACUGCAGAGACUUUCCGAUCAUGUAUCAAACCUUUCGCCAAGGGACCGUUCCCACGGACAAAGGACUCCUGUCAGGUCUUGGCCAGUCCGGGGUUGCGGGGUGGGGCAAAACGCGGGGAAAGCUGCCAUCUGCUCUUUCUUGUCGUCUUCCUCUUCGCCUAACUGUCUGUGCUGAACUGAUGCGAACUUUGAUUCCCCCCCCCCCCCGGCUCAUUGAUUGGUUCUCAAGGGGUGGCUCUAAUCUCUCCAGCCGUGAUGACCGGGGGGGAAGUCACAGUUGAAAAGUCCCUGGACACGUGGAACG